UGUUUAGUUUGAUCAGACAGUUCGCCAAAUAGCCCCGAGCUGGAGCUCACUGACAGCCAGUGUCCGCCGCCAUAUAGUCAAUCUUGCACGGGGACAAGAGCACGUCUGAGGACUCCUGACAGCUCGGAGAGACUGCGAUGACAUCUCGCAGGUGGUUCCACCCCAACGUCACCGGAUUUGAAGCAGAGCAGCUCCUGUUGACCCGGGGUGUCCACGGCAGUUUCCUGGCCCGGCCCAGCAAGAGCAAUCCAGGGGAUUUCACCCUUUCAGUCAGGCGCAACGAUGAGGUGACCCACAUCAAGAUCCAGAACUCCGGGGACUACUAUGACCUGUAUGGGGGCGAGAAGUUUGCCACGCUGGCCGAGCUGGUGCAGUACUACACCGAACAACAGGACCUGCUACGCGAGACGAACGGUCAUGUCAUCGAGCUCAAGUAUCCGCUCAACUGCAAAGACCCCACGUCCGAAAGAUGGUACCACGGCCACCUUUCUGGCCGAGACGCUGAGAAACUGCUCACCGAAAAAGGCAAGGCCGGCAGCUUCCUGGUUCGAGAGAGCCAGAGCAAACCAGGCGACUUUGUCCUCUCGGUCCUCACCCACGAGGAGAAGCACGAGAACAUCGACCGCAAGACCAAGGUCACCCAUGUGAUGAUCCGGUCCCAGCAGGAUGGUAAAUACGACGUAGGUGGUGGCGAGAGGUUCGACACCCUGGCAGACCUGGUGGAUCACUACAAAAAGAAUCCUAUGGUGGAGAAGAGCGGCAUCGUAGUGCACCUCAAGCAGCCCUUCAAUGCCACGAGGAUAAACGCAGCCAACAUUGAGAAUCGAGUACGAGAGCUCAACAAGGUAGCAGACAAUUCAGAGAAACCCAAACAAGGAUUUUGGGAGGAGUUUGAGGUACUUCAACAACAAGAGUGCAAACUGCUGUAUCCCCGGAAGGAGGGCAUGAAAGCAGAAAACAAGAGUAAAAACAGAUACAAGAAUAUCCUCCCCUUUGACACGACACGAGUUGUAAUUCGAGACGUAGAUCCAGAUGUUCCCGGUUCAGACUACAUUAACGCCAACUACAUUCGAGGCUCGCGUGAAGAAGGGCGCCAGGUGGAGGAGGAGAAAUUCUUCAUUGCCACCCAAGGGUGCCUACAAAAUACAGUUUGUGACUUCUGGAAGAUGGUACAUCAAGAGAACACACACGUCAUUGUCAUGACCACAAAGGAAAGAGAGAGAGGACGGAACAAAUGCGUCCCUUACUGGCCCAUCCUUCACGCCACCAUGAAGUUUGGACAGGUGCUGGUGAGAAACGUGGACGAGCGAGAGGCUCAGGAUUACAUCCUGAGGAAGUUGGAGGUGACCCGUCUGGACCGGAGAGAACCUCUGAGAUACAUCUGGCACUACCAGUACCUGAGCUGGCCGGACCACGGAGUUCCCAAUGAGCCCGGAGGGGUCCUUUGGUUUCUUGAGGAGAUCAACCGGACCCAGAGGACCAUUCCAGAAUCUGGGCCCAUUGUCGUCCACUGCAGCGCUGGAAUCGGCAGGACUGGCACCAUUAUUGUCAUUGACAUCCUCAUUGAUAUUAUCAACCGCCAAGGCCUUGAUUGUGAUAUUGACAUCCCGAAGACCAUCCAGAGAGUACGGCAGCAGAGGUCCGGCAUGGUGCAGACAGAGGCUCAGUACAAGUUCAUCUACAUGGCCGUGCAGCAGUACAUAGACACCGCCCAGAAGAGACUGGAGGAAGAGCAGAGGAGUAAGACGAAUGAGAGAGAGUAUUCCAACAUCAAAUAUCCGCCGAUGGCCAAUUCAAGGUCCAAACUUAACAUGGCAUCGUCACGCUCGUCGUCCGUAAUGACAAACGACGAUUCUUCAAGUGUGUAUGAGAACAUCAACUUUAAAAGUCCGCAGACGUCCUUCAGCAGUAACACCAGGAGGUAAAAUCGGUGCUGCGACCUGCCACUUGUUUCUGCGAGCCUCGCUUGUCAGCAGAGGUCUCAUCGGCUGCUCCAAAUCCCCCCAGUGGGGGAGGCGGAAGCACGCUGUACUGCCUAAACCCCGUGAGAGCGCAACCUGCCUGUGAUGAGCGGACCCGCUUAAACUGGACCUCGGCUUCUGGAGUUAAAUCUCCAUGAACAAGGGGGACUUGUCACACUUUGCGCUGCCGGCCCUCGAGCUCUUUCCGACGGCUCGCUCACUCGCUCGCUCGCUCCACUGCUGCCUCCAAAAGCCUUUCCCUCUCUUAAUCAACGAAAGUGCCUUGUUGUCUAUAAUCAAGCUGUUACAUCUCUGCUCUAACCAGGAGUUGUGCCGCCACCAAUAUAUUGAAUUGGAGCUUAGGAAAGAUCAAAGCAAGCUCCACCCCACAGACAUCGUAACUGAGGCUGCUACUUGUUUUGCCAUCUCAUUAAACAGGAAAGAGGGCACUAAUCUCUGGUCAGAACAAGGGCGUAAGUUUUAUUUUUUUAUUUUUGUUUUACGAAGAAGUCAUCAACAUCUGCUCUUGCAUCGUUGCUUCUCAUUGGCAGAGUUUUAUUUGGAACUAGUUCACAAAUUAAUUGUUUUUAUCAGCACUUAAGAUCUAAGCAUGGGCCUUAAAUGGUACCUGGCAAAAUAUAACUAUGUGAUUCAAUACCCUGUAAUUUUCAAAGGACUGUUAUGGCCACUCCAAAAAAGAUUGAUUAUUGGAAAAUCAUUGGUUUAGGAGAAUAAAGUUGUAAUUUAUGAGUAUAAGCUCAAUUGUAAUAUGUGUAAUGUUACACGGGGGAAAAAAAAAGCAUGUAAAAGAUGUCCUGAUCUGAGAAAAUGUCCUGUAUUUUAAGUCCUGUACUGUAAAAUAAGGAGGAAAAAGCUGUAAGGGGAAAAAAAAAAGAAUCAUUUCAAAAUAACAUCAUAGUAACAUUAUAAGAUUAUAUGGGGAAAAUGUAUUGCAAAAAGUCCUUGUAUUAUGAGAAAAACAUUGUGCAAGUAGUUGUAAUAAUGUGUGACAAGUCAGUUAUAAUUCUAUGAAAAAGGCAUAAUUAUGCAAAAAUUAGACUGAAAAUUUGCAUGGAUAAAAAGUACAUUAUUAAAAAAACAAAUGCUCUACUUUGACAAGAAAAAUGUCUUAAUAAGAAAAAAAUCCAACUUUCCAGAAAGGUAUGUUUGUGUAACUAGGGGUGUAAUAUUACAAGGAUAAAGUAUUAAAAGUACAAUAUUAUUGUGGAAAAAAUAUUUUACAUGAAAAUGAUUAGCGAUGAAGAAGCCGCAAUAUGAUUAUGCAUACCUGACCUGCGGUAAAAAGAGCAUGAGUGUCAAGUUUGACUUCAAGGUGGAGAUUGCGGUUUGCAAAAAGGAAAAAAAAAAUACAUCACAUGACAGUAGACUAAUUAUCAAGCCGGGUCAUCCAUUUUGAUCAGAGAAGCGAAAGUGAGGGAAGAAAGAUGUAAGGCAAUAGUACGUUCACAUUUUGUUAGCAGUUUGAAAACUGUUAAUUCCGCCUUUGACUGUACAAUUCCUAUUUUUAGGCAGGUGUUGAAGAAGGGAAGAGAAAAUUCCUGAAUGAGAAAGUAACUAUCUCCGGAUUUCUUUUGACUUGCUGUCCUUGUUAAUCAUCAAGUCUGAUGCGCCUCAACAUCUGCCCUCGGAGAGGGUCACAAGGCAAAAGGGAUGGCGAUUACGACGUGCCAGAUGGCUAUCUGCCCGAGAUUGAAGAAUAGAUUUGUCUCUAAAAAGUAAUUUAGACCACGGCCGUAAUCCAAGCUUGAUGUAUCUGAGCGCGCAAAGCACGUACGUCACCGAUGCAAUAAGGAAGGCCGUUGAGGCUUCAGAUAUUUUUAGCCACUGCCAAAAUAUCUGCGUCAAAAACAAUUGCAACCAUGUUAAUGGAAUGUAACCCGCCUCGGAUAUACGUAGGUCAAGCUAACGAGAAUGAGGUUCAGCAAAUUUGGAUCAGCAUGCGUUGUGUCACUCUGCAGUAAAAAUGCAAAGUCCCACGCUAGGCACUAGGCUAGAUGGUCUUUAACAAUCGGCCAGUUGUCUUCCGUGGCAGUUUAAAAAAAAUCUUGCCGCGGCAGUCUCUUAAUUGGAUUGCUGUAGCUGCCAGGAGUUGAGUGUAAACAUUCAGAAAUUCCCAAAUGACUUAAAUAAAUUGUUUCCUUCAUUUUUGUUUCUGGCCCAUCAAAAUUAAUUACACAAACAGAAAAGAUUGUCUUCUUGUUUUGCCUAUGCCUCCUCGCCACAUUAACCACAGUUAUCGUUAUGCAACGCAGUGCGCGUUUACAGGCAGUGUAUGGUAAAUGGUAAAAGCAACCAGCACAAUUCAUCUCAGGUUCGACAAAUCACGCUGCGCAUUUUAAAUGAACGCCUCGCAAUAUUUGAUGUCUUCAGGUAGAAGUGCAAAAAAAAAAAAAUCAUCCCCCAUUUUUUUUCCUUUGCCCCUUUGGCAGACUUUCUCCUUAGUAGAUCAGCUUUUACAUCUUUUUGUGUGUACAAUAAAGUUUGCCUAUGUGUUUUUGCACAUGCAAACCUUUAGUAAAUCAGGCCAAAUUCAUGUGCUCAAAUGAAAGGGGGAUGGGGGGGGGACUACUACUUGACCCGGAGGCUCAGUCCAAUAACGCUGUUGUUGCCGCGAGCCUUACGUUAAAAAAUGGUCCAGUUGCUAGUGAGUGCUGCGUUCACAGUCACCUUGUCAUAUUUAACUUCUUUUUAAAUGUUGUUUAUUACCUUCAUAACAUUGCUUCGCACUGUGUGUUAGAACAAAGUCUCUCUCCCUUUCCCUUUGAAACUGCGGCUCAUGUUCCCGGAAAUAGUUGUUUUGUUGUUUCUGUAUUUAUGAACUUUGUCAUACUAUUCAUCUUUUUGACGUGUUUGAUUUUUCUUCCACUUUGCCUCUAUAUGAUAUGUUGUAACAUCAAUACUUGAAAGUACAAAACUGCUGAAUCUUGGACAUUUGUCUGUUCUUUUUCUUUUUUUAAUGUUUUUGAUUGUGGAUGUGAUGUUCUUAUUCUUGUGUACAAGGAGGCUUACUUUCUGCUUGUUCUCUCAUCGUGUAUUUACUUGAAGAGAGUCGAGCGUGUCGCUCUUCCAACUGGCUUCUGCUCAGAUGCCUUCAAAAUGCUGUACAGUACAGGCCGCUACCUGCGGAUCCAAAAAGUUGCCAUUAGUGGCAACAAUCUGGUUUGUUACAAUAAACCUAGUAGAAAUGUUA